CUCUCAGAGGAGAAGAAGCAAAUCUACCCUCUGCUAGCUAUCCACUGACACACGGCUCCGGAUCAGCACAGGCAGAGCAUACAGGAUGAGUGACUACAUCAAGGACUUCCUCCUCACUGACUGUGAGCUCGGGGACCAGGGCUACCAGCGAGUCCUUCUACAGCUCUAUGGCUUGCCGGGUAAUGGAAAGUCCUCCUUCAUCAACUCCUGCAAGUUUGUCUUAGAUGGCGGAGAGUUCACAGUCCAAGCUGAGGCUGCGGAUUCCUACGGCGGAUUUACUAAACACAGAAAGCCUUAUAAACUCACCGACACCCUAUGGAUGGUCGAUAACCGCGGGAUGUCAAAGCUAGACGGAUUCCAGACGGGAGAGAUAUUUGCUCAACUUGUGAAUCUUUUACCUCUGGAUGAGAAGGUGGAAUGGUGCGAAGAUUUCAACAAGAAUGUGGCGAGAUUGCUGGGAGAACACAAAAAGAACAAUUACAAAGACUUUAUUGUGCCGGUUUUCAUACACAGUGCAUGCAAUAAAUUGAAAACAGAAGAUCUUCCAGUAUACCGAGAACUACUGCACAAGUCAACCGAUUUAACUGGAAUUGAACCAUUUAUUGUCCUGACACACAAGAGCAACGGUGGGUUAGAAUCCAUGCGGAACGUGUUUAAAGACAUGGGGAUGGAGAAGAUCUACGCCCUCGAGAAUUACACCACCAAAGACCACCAGGAGGUGCGAGAGAAACAUGAAGAGAUAAUAAAUAUCUUAACUAAAGUUGUUGCUGAUGUCAUAUUCCGCAUGCGUUUUAAAAGUGACCCGACCAAUGAAAGUUACAAUCAUCUGCAAUUUCUGCUUGAGUACAUGAAGACCAGCGCUGAUAGGAAGAGAGGGGAGGAGAUUGAGCGUAAGAUGGCAGAAGCACAAAGAAAUGCUAAGAAGUCGUCAUGCCCUUUAUUAUAAUCAUUCCUGUGUUUAUGUCUAUAAGGGUAACGUCCGUUUCUUCCCAGUUCCUGUCCCGUUUCCAACACUGUGUUAGUCAUUUCCUUUUAGCCGCUGUUCAAUGCUGACCUCUCUGACCUUCCCAGGUUUAUGCACAGAGAAUAUUUUGCCGCAGCCUAUUGCCCUGUGAUACGAAAACAUAAAUAGAAAUAUGGCUUUAUGCCCACCGCCUCUUACGCUUACUCUCAUUGAUAAUAAAGUAUCUGCAUGCUACACAAGCAAUGGAGAAAAUAAAAUACAAUCCUACAAUCAUAACUAGUAAUUAGUGCCUGUAUUAUACAUGAAAUUAGUACAGAGUCCAAUCAAUAUUGAAAACUACGUAUGUUGGAUCACGUACAUACAGUAAAAUAAAAUAU